GAUUAGGUUAUGUCACUUGCCGGAAAAUUAUUUGAAAGUAAUAAACAAUAACAUCGGAAAAAUAUGACCUCAUCAGAUACAGAAAUGGAGCAAGUGAUUACAAAAUUACAAACCAUAAUUUCGAUGUAAUACAUGAAUCAUCUACGAUUUAAUAUCGAACGCAGAAUAACAAAUUUCUUCGCAAUGGAUCUUGUCGUUAAUGAACCACAUUAUCAUAUCCAGGACGAUACCAAAGAUCACAAUUACAUAAUUGGCGUCAUUCUCGCUAUAUGCUCGUCGUUAUUCAUUGGUAGCAGUUAUAUACUCAAAAAAAUAUCUCUCCUAAAACUUAGCAAAUCGAACUCUUUGAGAGCUGGUGCUGGUGGCUUCGGCUACUUGAGAGAUUGGAUAUGGUGGACAGGAUUUCUUUUCAUGGGCACUGGGGAAUUUUUGAAUUUGAUUGCUUACGGUUUUGCACCUGCAUCUUUGGUCACACCACUUGGAGCUUUGAGUGUUCUCAUUUCAGCAAUUUUGGCCUCCAGAUAUCUACAAGAAUAUUUGACAUCUUCCGGAAAGUUGGGAUGUGUACUAUGCAUACUUGGUUCGGUAAUCAUCAUAUUCAGUGCUCCAAAAGAAGUUGACCAAGAAUCCAUUCUAUCGAUGGAAAAUCUUCAAAAAGGUCCAGUCCUUCUUUAUUCGUUAUUUGUGAUAUCCUUAAGCUUUUUUCUCAUUUGUUUUAUUGGUCCAAGGUAUGGCAGCAAAUACAUUUUGGUUUAUGUGAUUUUAUGUUCUCAAGUUGGUAGCUUUACAGUUAUGGCUAGCAAAGUUUUUGCUCUAUCGAUAAAAGGGGAACUUCAAGGAGAUUAUGUAGGUUAUCAAUUGAUACUCGGCAGCUUUUUAGUAUUGGUUGUAUGUGUAUGUAUACAAAUAACAUAUUUAAAUAAGGCUUUAGACAUUUUUGGGACUACCGUUGUAACUCCCAUUUACUAUGUAACGUUUACUACUUUAGUGCUACUUUUCUCUGCUAUUCUAUUUGAUGAGUGGAAAAAAAUGAGUGUGUUUAAUAUUUUAGGCACUCUAUUAGGUCUUUUAACUGCCUUUGUUGCCAUAUUUUUACUGCAUAGGAAAAAAGACAAAAACAAUUCAGAACUCCUUUGUAGAAAUAACGACUCGUUUAGGUAUACUUAAGAAGAACAAUAUCUAAUUGAACUUUAUAGCUGUGAUAAUUAAUCUUGAUAAGUGUAACUCAUAAUCAUGUGAAUAGUGGUACUGAUCAAGUUCUUUAACAUUAAAAUGUUUCAUUACGUAAUUCGUAGAUUCUGAAUGAUCUACACCAUAAAUAUUUUUUUUGCAGUUAGCUGAUGAAUGUUUUUGAUGUACAAUAUACUAGUCAUGUAAUAAAUGGUAGGGUAAUAGAAUGAGAUCGUUCAUUUGUGUCA